UCCCUGCCAACUUCCCCCCCCCCCCAGGAUGGAGGAGGACAGGCAUGGACGCCUUGUGGCACGGUUGAAGCGGGUGUGGAGGAAGCUGGCACAGGGCAGCCGCAGUGGCAGUGUGAACUACGACAACGCAGUCAUGGCCGACGUGCAAACGUUGCAGGAUUGCACCUGCACCGUGUUUGUGCGCCUCAUCAGUCGCUUGUUCAAGAUCUCCUUGUCUGGGGACACCCCCAGCGCCCAGCUCCAACACGCCAUCGACUACCUUGCCUCCAGCGUCAUCGGCAUGCCACUCGACCACAUUCGAGUGGAUGCCGUUGGGGCUGGCGACGUGCAGACCAUCGAGCACCUCUUGGCCGUUGUCCUGGACCUGAGCGACAUUGUCCUGUACGGCACCGCCCCAGACGAUCAACAACAACAGCAGCAAGAACAAAGCAGACCGCAACGACAGCAGCAACGACAGCAGCAACAUCAGCAAGAUGAAGAGCAUAGCAGCGGCUCAAAGCGACGUGUCAAGGGCAGUUCUGCUGUGCAAGCGCACAAGAACCAAAGCAGUCUGCGACAAAGCGGCCGUGCCCAAAGCCACUCCAAUGACAAGCAAGGCAGCAGCGACAACAGCAACAAUGGCCGUGACGACAGACAACAAGAGUCUAAACCCAGCAAUUCAACGAGGCGUAACCACAAGAAGCACGAUGAGAGCGACAACAGGAAGAGGGAGAGCGAGCUACCAAGAUUCAUGCGCAGCACAGCCAGCUCACAAGCGCGCGAAGCAAGCAUUCGCGCCGAGCAUAAGGGAUUGCGAGCAAGCAACGGUAGUCGUGGUGCUGGUGAUGGUGGGAGGCGUGAUGACAGCGGCCAAGGGAGCAGCAGGCGAACCGUUCACGCAGGCAGCCGACGUGCCGACGGCGCUGCAGUGAAUGGGAGGAGACGGCGACGUGUUGAUAGUGGCGGUAGUGGCGGUGGUGGUGGUGGUGAUGGUGGAGGUGACGGUGGAGUGAACAAGGCACUGAGGAAUGUUCACGUACACACGGGACUGGAGCAACAACAACAGCAGCAGUCGCCAGAUGCAGUGUUGCCGUGGUCCAGUGAAAGGUCAUUCCACGCGUCAACCGCGCAACCACAGCCCGAAUUUACAACAGAGGCAGCGCAUGCAACUGACCCAGUGGUACCCCCACCACCAGUGCAGCAACAACAACAACAACAACAACAACAACAACAACAACAACAACAACAACAACAACAACAACAACACAAUGCGGCAAGAGGAGCUGCAACGGGGCCGGCGGUGUGGGAUGAGGAGAGGGCGGAACGUGCAGCGCGUGCUAAACGCGAUUUGACGCUGUUGCAGCGACUGCUGGAACAGGACACCACGUCCCCCCAUGAACCAUCGGAUACAUCAACAGCACCAAACACUUCAACAGAACCAACACCGGCAGCAGCACCAAUGACAGCAACAGCAGCCACAGCAGCAACAGGCGCUGCGCACCAGGACGAUUCCGUCGUGUCGACGCGAGACCUCCGCGACCUAGAGACGGGGAGAUAUGGCGUUUGGGUUGGUGGUCAUGAUGCCGGUGAUGGUGAUGGUGGUGUGUCACCCGAUGUGGGAGCACCGUCCCAUAGAACAGCAGACCAAAGUGGUGCGGAUGAGUGGGAGAUGAGCAGUAGUGCACAGCACCCGCACCGCCGCCGCCAUCGAGAUGAAGGAACGGCCAUACAUGUUCACGUCGAUGAUGAUGAUGAUGAAGAUGAUGACGAUGAUCUCGACGUGGAACAGGGUUACAACAGUAAUCACGUGGACACACGCGUGCCACGACCGCAGCAACAACAGCAGCCGUCGCAGCAGCAACAACAACAUGAUGCAAGAGGCGUUGCUCCAACAGCACACGAGCGAACACAUGGGCAGGAGCACGUGCUGAGCCGUGAGCGCGGCGACACGAAGCGGGAACGCGACGCCGCUCUGAAACGCGUGUUGCGCAUGUGUUCACGGGAGGACCGCCCUGUUCCCCAGGCCGUGAGCACAACGCACCCAGGCGCCAUCUUCGACCCCGCAACCGACAGCACGUUUCUCGACUCGCUCGCUCAACCCAUGCGCUUUGAUGGCAGUGGUGGCGGCGGUGAUGGUGGUGGUGGUAGGAGGAUGAAGAGCGGGCGUAGGGGGAAGAGGAGAGGAAGAAGAAAGGCGGCCAGCAGGCACGAGUGGGGUGGUGGUGAUGAUGAUGAUGAUGAUGAUGAUGAUGAUGAUGAUGAUGAUGGCGGUGGUGACACAGAUGAGGAUGCAGAGCUGAUGUUGGGUGAUCUUGAUCAUUCCCGUGAGAACGAACACCGCCAGCAUCGCGCUGUUCCGCGUCGUCAUCGUGACGGCAGCGGGAUGCGCAGUGAGCCAAGGGCGGGAGCGAAUGCGACGUCCGCCCACAGUGACAUGAAAAAGGCGCACACAAAGAGGCGCGGCAGGACCAAGGCGACGGCGAAGCCGAAAUACACGCACACCCCAAAUGGCCGCGGCGAAGAAGUUAAUGGACACACCAACGCCAGCAGAAGAAGAAGAAGAAAAGGCACAAGGCAGCAUGAUACGUUGCAUGCAAGUGUGCGCGCGUCGUUCCCGGUUGCCGCCCUCGAUUCAGCAGCAAAGCAACGGCUGUGGAACAACGAAAUGAAGGCGCUGCGUGCGCGGUCGUCGCGUGUCCGCCGCAGCCGCUCGUCGCCGGUUCAUGACAUCAAGCACAAACACGCCGCACACAUGGACAUUGUGCAGAGUGACAUUGCGUCGAGGAAACGGCUGGAGCAGCUGCGCUUUGAGCGCGAUUUGAAGCUGCAGACGCAACGCAGGCUGCGUGAGAUGCGGCAGGACCGGGCGUCGCAGCGCCAGGCGCUGUCGCAUCUGCACGAACGGCGGCGGCAGUUGGGCGCACGCGAAAACGCCAAGCAAGAGAAGGAAAUCAGGCGCCUCUUUGACCGCAGCAUUGCGCAAUUUAAGGACCACAUCAGGGAUCUGGAGGCGUACCGGCGUGAUUUACGGGCAGAGCAACAACGGCAGGAGAGGCUGGACCUCGAUGCACUCACAGCAACGUACCAGGAGCAAGUGCGGCUGCUUGACGAAGCGCUGCGGACAAAGGAGGAGUUUGCGGCGAAGAGCGCACACGAGCGGGCGAUUGCACGCGACCGCGCACGCAGCAAACUGCGCAGCAGAAUGAAGAAGGACGUGGAGAGGAUGCUGGAUAACAUUUUCCGCGAGGAGGAUGUUGCGUUUUUCCGCGGCGAAGAUGUGGACGCGUUCGUAUCUGACUUGCACAUUACCAGCAGCGAUGUUCACCUGCGCAACAGCCACUGAUGGCUGGCCAUCUUCUGUACAUGACUUAAUGUCGCUGUGCUGGUUUUUGUUUAUCACGGAAUACAAAGCUGACAUGA